UAUGUGUGCUGGCAACAUUGAUACACUUUCAAAAAUUACGGAUGUUGCCAUUAUGAAAUUCUGUUGUUGCUAGAAGUAAUAAUAUUCAGCCCCCGUAGGUAUCUCACAUCGACGUAAAAAUCUCUACGGCUAUUCAAUAUUGAAAAUGUCUGAAUCUAAAUUGAAAGAGUUACGGAGUGAUAUCGAUGAACUUACUGAGUUAUCGAAGCUUGCCAAACGCAAGAAGGUUCAGGACAUUUUGUCUUUAGAAAUUCGCAAGUUAGAAACUGAUUGGAUAAAUAUAAAAGAAAAAGAGAAAUCCGUCACACCUAUGGAAGCCGAUCCUGUGCCGACAACGUCUGUGCCCGUUAAAAUUAAGAGAUACCAAAUUAAAUUAAAUGGUUAUGGUUGGGAUCAGUCUGAUAAAUAUGUCAAAAUCUUUGUCACUUUGAAGAAUGCUCACACUAUACCAAAAGAACAAGUUUACUGUACACUCACGGACCGUUCAAUGGAACUACAUGUGGAGAACCUUGAGAACAAAGACUAUUUGCUUGUAAUUAAUAAACUGCUUGAACCUAUCAAUAUUGAGGAGAGCCACUGGAAACAGAAAACAGAUAUGAUUGUAGUCUUCUUGGCAAAAUCACGUCCAAAUAUAACAUGGUCGCAUGUAAUUGAAAUCGAAAAGAAGUUUGAAGAUCAACGCAACAACCGUUUCAAAGCUGAUGAUUCAGACAAAAAGGACCCGCAGGAUUCCGUCAUGGACUUAAUGAGAAAAAUGUAUGAGACUGGUGAUGAUGAAAUGAAACGCAUGAUAGCAAAGACGAUGUAUGAAUCACAGCAUAAGAAGAAAACUGAUCUUGUAGAUCUUUAAAUAUAAUGUCUAGUUAAUGUAAGAGUAAUAAAGUAAAGGUACCUACUGCUUAAUAAUAUGA